AUGUAUUUGUGCAUGGAUGAUGGUAGAGGUGAGCCUGAAUGGUUCCCAUCUCCAGUUUUCCAGGAAAGGUUUGCCACCAUUCUCUUGAUCAGAUUAGCGGAAACCGUUAUCUUAUGGUUUUCCGAAGAUCAAAACUUUUGGGAUGAGCUCGAAACUGGGGAGAGGACGUUAGGACCUCUCGGACUUCAACAGGUUUCAAUUUUCGUACCAUUUUCAAAUUUAUUUCCAUAUUUAUCGUUAAUGUUGUUCAGAAUGCAUCAGAACUUCUCAGAUGGAUAUGUGAUUGUGGCAAAAAAAGAU